AUGGCUGCAUACAUUUCCUUGGCUUCCCUUCUAUCUCUUUUCACUGUAUUUGCAGCAUCCCAGUCUGUUAAAUUUGUCUACAAUGGAUUCAACGAAACAAACCUAACUCUAGUUGGUGCUACGGUCAUCAGACCCAGUGGAGCACUUAAGCUUACUAAUAAAUCCCACCAUGUUAUAGGCAGUGCUUUCCAUCCCAUUCCCAUUCCAAUGUUCAAUACUAGUUCUUCUGCUGCUCCAAAUGCUUCUUCAUUUAGCACUUCUUUUGUGUUUGCAAUAGUCUCCCCGAGCAGUAGCAAAGGAGGUUUUGGCUUCGCCUUCACAUUAGCUCCUGCAAUGCAAUUUCCAGGAGCUCAGGAUGGUCAUUACCUUGGGAUCCUCAACGAAACAAACGAUGGAGAUUCUUCAAACCAUAUCUUCAUGGUAGAGUUCGAUACAGUUGCCGGAUUCAAAAUGGAUUCAGACACCCAAGGUAACCAUAUUGGAAUCAACAUCAAUAACAUGAAUCCGAACGCAUCGGAGCCAGCAGCUUAUUUCGUUAACGGUACUAAUAAAAAGCGUGAAGUGCCCUUGGAGAGUGGAAAAGCAAUCUAUGCUUGGAUAGACUAUGAUGGUGUAAAGAAAUUAGUGAAUGUUACGAUAGCUCCCGUAGACUUUCCAAAACCAAGUCGACCUCUCAUGUCCGAAUCCAUUGACUUGUCGCCUGUGCUUAAGAACAGAAUGUAUGCUGGCUUCUCAGCAGCCACUGGACAAAAGGCAAGCUUUCAUUACAUCCUUGGAUGGAGCUUUCGGGUGAACGGAAUGGCUGAUCGACUUAAUCUUUCUCGGCUUCCUAUACCACCAAAUGAAACAAAAUCUUCUUCUAAAAUCCAAAUUAAAAAGGCCCUUAUUGCCACUUUCUGCGCGGUGGUAGUACUUUUCCUGUUGGGGACAUUGUUCACAGUUUUUAUAUAUCGACCUACAAAGCAGUUUGAAGUUCUGGAGGAUUGGGAGUUGGAUUGUCCUCACAGGUUUCGGUACAGAGAUCUUAAUACAGCAACCAAAGGAUUCAAAGACAGCGAGCUAAUAGGAGUUGGUGGCUUUGGUAAAGUAUACAAAGGUGUGUUACCAAACACUGGAGCUGAGAUUGCGGUUAAAAAGAUAUCCAACAAUUCAGUCCAAGGAAUAAGAGAAUUCGCAGCAGAGAUUGAAAGCUUGGGUCGAUUAAGGCACAAGCAUCUCGUGAAUCUUCAGGGAUGGUGCAAACGAAAGAAUGAUCUCCUUCUAGUCUAUGACUAUAUCCCAAAUGGAAGUCUUGCUUCUAUACUUUUCAGUACCAAAAAGAACUUCGUACUGAGUUGGGAACACAGAUUCAAUAUAGUCAAAGGCAUAGCGGCGGGACUACUGUAUCUACAUGAAGAGUGGGAGCAAGUGGUGAUUCAUCGAGACGUGAAGUCGAGCAAUGUGCUCAUUGAUGCUGAUAUGAACGGUAGACUUGGAGAUUUUGGGCUCGCAAGAUUGUAUGACCAUGGAAAACAUUCACACACUACCCACGUUGUUGGUACAAUAGGUUAUAUUGCACCGGAACUGAUACAAACCGGGAAGGCCUCUAAGAGCUCUGAUGUCUUUGCAUAUGGUGUUCUACUUCUUGAAGUGGCUUGUGGGAGAGGACCUAUUGUCCAUGAAGUUCCAGAUCCUGGUCAUGUGAUAUUAGUGAACUGGGUGAUUGAAUGCCUACAAAUGGGUCGAAUUCUUGACGCAGUUGAUCCCAAGUUGAAUUCAAUGUAUGUGGUUGAAGAGAUGGAGUUGGUUUUAGGGCUUGGUCUGAUCUGCUCUCAUCCUAAACCAGAAACAAGGCCUACCAUGAGAGAAGUAACGCGGUACCUAAAUGGAGAUGAACCAGUUCCGAUCUCUAAUACGAUAAGCUCGGUUGAUUCUCGGCAAUUUGAUGACAUCACAACUAGAUUCUUAGAUGUUCUAUCGACGGAUAUGAUUACCACAUCAUAUCGCUCAUCUUCCAUAGGGAAGAUGUCCUCCAGUUCUUUUGACAGUGCGAGACAGUUAGACUAA